CAUAGACUUAAAAACAAGAAAAAAUGGGCAAAAUCAGCGCUUUUUUGCUUUCAUCGUUGUGUUUGGCAUUCAUAACACAAUUGGACGCCAAUGUUAUCCGAGACAAUGACGCUGAACCGAUACCGAUUGUAUGCUAUUUCGGCGCUUGGGCAUUCUACCACGAGAUUGAUAGGUUUGACAUCACCGACAUAAAACCGGCCGCACAUCUGUGCACUCAUAUUAACUAUGGUUUCGCUAAACUCAAUGAAACAACUUAUGAGAUGCAAGUGUUUGACGAGAACUAUGAUAUCGGAAAAUCGGGUUACGACAGAUUUAUAGCUCUUAAGAAAGAAGUGAAUCCAAAGCUCAAACUAAUGAUAUCAUUGGGCGGUUGGUAUGAGGGGUCAGAGAAGUACUCAGAUAUGGUUACCAACACUGAAAUGAGACAGAAGUUUGUGAAAAGUGCGGUCGCUUUCCUCGAGAAGUAUAAGUUUGAUGGCCUGGACUUGGAUUGGGAAUACCCGGGCAAUAGAGGCGGUGCCGUCACUGAUAAAGACAAUUACACUAAACUGUUGCAAGAAUUAAGGGCUGCGUUGGGAACCAAGUAUUUAUUGACAGCCGCCCUCUCGCCCGGAAAGGCUACGAUCGAUGCGGCCUAUAAUGUGCCGGAGCUCAACAAACUGCUCGAUUGGGGUAAUCUGAUGACAUACGACUACCAUGGUGGUUUUGAUGACUAUAUCGGACACAACGCACCGCUCUAUAGCCGACCCGACGAGACUCCAGAGUUGGAGAAGAAAUUGGGACAACAUUACAGAGACUUUAACAUUGAAUACACGGUUGCCUACUAUGAAAAGCUGGGUCUGUCUAAGGAUAAGAUGAUAAUGGGAGUGCCCUUCUAUGGCCGGGCGUGGAGUCUCAAAACACCGGAACUCCAUCACCUGCACGACCCCGUCAAGGGUAUGUCCAAACCGGGCAAAAUAUCCAACGAAUCCGGUGUUUUCGGUUAUAACGAGAUUUGUACGAUGAAUAAAGCGUCCGAUUGGCACGAAGAGGAGGACUACUACUAUAAGGCGCCCUACGCUUACACUAACGAGUUUUUUGUCGGAUUUGAUAACGAGAGGAGUAUUCAAUGCAAAGUCGCAUACAUGAAAUCAUUGGGAUUGAAGGGAGCGAUGGUUUGGUCGCUAGAGUUCGACGACUUUAAGUCCCACUGCGGGGACGGACGGCAAUACCCGUUGCUUAAGAAAGUGCACGCAAUGCUCAACGGAGACCAACGCGACGACAAAGACUGUCCCAUCGGUGGCCUAAUACCAACUGUAGCGCCGACUACACACACACCAGCGCCUACUAAACCCACUGAAUCCCCGAUUCCGACCACAACCCAAGAUCUUGUCGACCAUUACUGCUCAUUGGAUGGCUUUAUGCCCGACUUUAAUGACAAACAUAAGUUCUAUCAGUGCGAGAAUAUCGGUCCCCAUCAGUGGAGACUCACUCUUCAGCCCUGUCCGGGCGAUGAGGUCUGGCAUCAGGAGCUCAAGCGAUGUGAGAACGACUAAACUGAAGAGAUGUGACGGACCCC